AUGGCUCCUAGCGUGUUGAUGGUAGGAACUGGAGAGUACACCACCGGUUUUGUGGGUGGUGCUGCUUCCGGUUCGGACAAGAAAGUCGGCGUCGUUGGAUUGAGUCUCUUCGACCUGCGACGACGAGGGAAAGUCGGGAAGCUGAGCAUGGUGGGAGUCUCUGGCGCAAAGUUCCCUGGAAUCCGCCAGCACCUCCACAAGAACAUCUCCGAAGUCUACAACGGCCUCGAUGUUUCCUUCGAAUCCUUCCCUGCAGAUGACAAGACCGACCCAGACGCCUACAAGGCGGCCAUUGACGCUCUCGAGCCUGGCUCGGCUAUCACCAUCUUCACACCCGAUCCCACCCACUUCCCCAUCGCUCUGUACGCCAUCCAGCGCAAGAUCCACGUCAUGAUCACCAAGCCCGCCACGAAACUCCUGCAGGACCACCUGACGCUGCUCGAAGAGUCGCGCAAGCAUGGCGUCUUUGUCUACAUCGAGCACCACAAGCGCUUCGACCCAGCCUACUCGGAUGCGCGCGCCAAGGCCCGCAACCUGGGCGACUUCAACUACUUCUACUCCUACAUGAGCCAACCCAAGAGUCAGCUCGAGACCUUCAAGGCCUGGGCCGGCAAGGAGAGCGAUAUCUCCUACUACCUCAACUCCCACCAUAUCGACGUCAACGAGAGCAUGGUCCCCGACUACACCCCCGUCAAGGUCACCGCGUCCGCGGCCAAGGGCACCGCCGUCGCGCUGGGCUGCUCCCCCGAGACCGAGGACACGAUCACCCUCCUCGUCAACUGGCAGAACAAGCAAGAUCCCUCCAAGGUCGCCACCGGCGUCUACACGGCCAGCUGGACCGCCCCGCAGAAAGCCGGAGUGCACUCCAACCAAUACUUCCACUACAUGGGCUCCAAGGGCGAGGUCCGCAUCAACCAAGCCAAGCGCGGCUACGAUGUGACAGAGGACGAGCAGGGCCAGCUCACCUGGAUCAACCCCUUCUACAUGCGCUACGCACCGGACGAGGAGGGCAAUUUCGGCGGCCAGACUGGCUACGGCUACGUCAGCUUCGAGAAGUUCAUUGACGCCGUCACGGCCGUCAACGAGGGCCGUCUGACCCUCGACCAGCUCGAUGCGCGGCCCCUGCCCACCCUCAAGAAUACCAUUGCGACCACGGCGAUCCUGCACGCGGGUCGGAUCUCGCUGGACGAGAGCCGGUCCGUGGAGAUUGUGCACGAGGGUGACAAGUGGGGGUUGAAGUGA